AGGACUCAUGGAGAGAGAGGGCCUAGAAGAAGAAGAUGGGCUGCCGACAAGGUCUCUGCUUCUGGGCGACUCUGCCAACUCCAACUCUUCAAGUGAUCCCAAGGUCACGCCUCUGGUCGUUUUCAGCACCCUCGUUGCCGUUUGCGGGUCUUUCGCCACUGGGUGUGCUUCUGGUUAUUCGUCACCUGCCGAGUCAGGAAUAAUGGAGGAUCUGGGGAUCUCUACGGCAGCGUAUUCGCUUUUUGGUUCAACAUUAACAAUAGGAGGGUUGAUUGGAGCUUUGGUUAAUGGGUGGAUGACUGAUAUGAUGGGUCGCAGACGUACAAUGGGGAUUGCACAAAUAAUUUUCACUACAGGAUGGCUUUCCAUAGCAUUUGCCAAGAAUGCUUGGUGGCUCAAUAUCGGAAGACUGUUAAAUGGAGCUGGCUUUGGGAUUUUAAGUUACGUGGUACACGUGUACAUUGCCGAAAUAACACACAAAAGUAUCCGGGGAGCAUUCACAGUAUUAAAUCAGUUUCUGUUAUGCUGUGGCAUUUCGGUGAUUUUCUUUGUGGGAACUAUUGUUUCCUGGCGUGUCCUGGCUUUGAUAGGUGCCAGCCCCUGUGUACUUCAAAUUUUUGGUUUAUUCCUUAUCCCGGAGUCUCCUAGAUGGCUGGUAAAAGUCGGUCAAGAAAAGGAGUUUGAAGUCACAUUGCAAAGACUCCGAGGCAGAAGUGUCGACAUUUCCGGGGAAGCGGCAGAUAUCAGAGACUAUACAGAAAUCUUUGAGCAGCAAUCCCAGUCUAGAAUUCUCGAUUUGUUUCAACGAAGAUAUGCUCAUUCCCUCAUAAUAGGAGUGGGAUUGGUGGUGCUUCAACAAUUUGGAGGCUCGGAUGUAUUUCCCUAUUAUGCGAGCUCUAUAUUUGAAUCAGCUGACUUUUCCAGCAGCAUUGGUACCCGAAGCAUGGCAAUUGUCCAGGUCCCGGCAACCGCUUUUAGUGUAAUCUUGACAGAUAAAGCUGGAAGAAGACCGCUUUUACUGGUUUCUUCUGCUGGAAUGUUCUUGAGUUGCUUUCUUCUAGGAUUCUCGUUCUUCAUGCAGGACCUGCAUUAUUGGAAGUCAGUCACUCCCAUUUUGGUAUAUGUAUGCAUUAUGGUCUAUUCCAUAUCUUACUCACUUGGCAUGGCAGGGUUGCCCUUGGUUAUAAUGUCCGAGGUGUUCCCAGUGAAUGUCAAAGGGUCGGCUGGAAGCCUGGUGACCUUUGCCAAGUGGUCCUGUGGUUGGAUCGUUAGCUACAGUUUCAACUUCAUGUUCGAAUGGAGCGCACCCGGAACCUUUUUAAUUUUCUCAUGCAUUUGCGGUUUAACUAUCUUAUUCACCGCGAAGCUAGUGCCGGAGACAAAGGGGCGGGCAUUGGAAGAAUUGCAAGCAUCACUUGCCCAUUUUCUGCAAUGAUUUGUACUUGUGUGGAAAUCGGAAUUGGUAGGAUGAAGCAACCAAGAUCAAUGUUUGCAACUCUGGCUGAAUUUGUGUCUACUUGUAUUUUUGGUACCUAAAAGUUAGUAAAUUUAUUUUCCAGAGGCAUCCGUAUGUCAUGUUUUUACAAUGCAAACAGGUUAUUCUUCACCAGCCGAGUCAGGCAUAAUGGACAGCAGCGGCAAGUCCUAUCGCACAUUUGCGCUGUAUCUCUAGACUUUGUUCAUCUGUCAAUGUACUGCACGAGACUUAGCAGAGUAGAUUUGUUGGAGUGAAAUGAAAUGCACGAGACUUAGCAGACUAGCUGAAGGUGACAUCUCUUUCGGUGACACCAAACGGGUAACUGAAAAGUGGAUCACAACUCGUAUCGACAUUCUCCCUAAUUUUUCGUGUUACAGUACUCGCUUUUUAGUUCAGUAUUACAGUUGGAGGCCUAAUAGCGGCUCUGGUAAAU